CAAUCAUUCGUCGCUGGUAUGGCUCCGAAAUUGAGCCCGCAAGCGCUCGCGCAUCGGCUCAUGACCUUUGCCGACGAAGCGGCGAUCACCAAGUUCUUGGCCGAGCAGCUGGUUGCAUUCGACGAGCCCAACGAGCAAGGGUGCACGCUGCUCAUCACUGCCUGCGCCUUUGAUCGCGCCGAGCUCUUGCCGUUGCUGGUCGCCAAGACGACCAACUACGCGGCCGCGACGCACGGGAAUCUCAACAACGUAUUGCACUUUGCCGCCUUGUCGCCGCAUCCGACAGUCCUGUCGACGCUCUUGGCAGCAAACUCCGCUGCAUUCUCGCGACUCCUCAACACCGGCAACGCCAACGGCGACACCCCGCUCAUGGUGGCCUGCACGGCCAAGCACGUCGACGGCGCGUUGGCCUUGCUCGGCAGCGGCGCCGACCCGAUGGCCGCCAACCGCUCUGGCAUUACCGCACUCAUGUGCGCCGCCCGACUCGAAGAGAAUGAGAAUGACAAUACCGAAGCGAGCUCGCGCACGUUAGUGACGCGCUUGCUACGCGCGCUGGACGUGAGCGCGCUAAACGCAGUCAACAGCACUGGUCAGUCGGCGCUGCAUUUCGCAGUCCAGAGCCGCAACACGGCAGUGAUCCUCGCCUUGCUCACAGCGGGCAUCAACAUCGGGCUGCGCACCAAGGACGGCUACACGGCGCUCGAGAUUGCGCAGGCAGCACCGUACUUUGAUGCGGAUGCGCUGCUCGCGAUGGAAGUUGCGUGGGGAACGCUGGAAGCGCAGCUGGAAGCCGACCUUCUGGCGCUUGCCAACGACGAAAUCGCGGCGGCACCGAAAGCGUCCAAGAAGAAGAAGAAGGCGGUCAAGAAGGCUGCAAAAGCCACGCCCGCCGCGACCGACGCCAAGGUAGCAACGCCGAUCACGUCAUCAGUCCGACCUGCGGCGACCGGGCCGGCACGGACGAAUAUGCCUGUGACCACGACGCAGUUAUCCGCACCCGCGAAAGACACCGCAUCGACAACGAUGCCGUCAGCUGGCGCCUGGACGACCGUGCCGUCCAAGGUCCGGGUCGCGUCGCCGAUGCAGGCCAAGGCCUCGCCCAUGAAAGCGUCGACGGACGACUGCGCCGAGUGCAGCCACUUGGGCAAUGUCUUGCAAGCGCGGUUUCCAAUGUUUGAUGAGAUGGAGAUCACUGUGCGCAACUUUGUGAUCGACGACAUUGAGCAGCUGAGCAUGUCCCAGCUCGAGCUGCUCCAGGACGCGCACCUGCAGGCCUACCAGCUACUCAACGACAAGAAGAUGGAAAUUGCGCGCCGACUCGAAGGCGAGCGGGUCCAAGCCCAGUACGAGCUACAGCAUCAAGUGCUGCGUCGUGUAAACUCGUGAUUCAAAUGCAAUGCUUCGUUGUACAUGACGUGAAGGACAAGAGGAGUGUCUGUCACCAUGACGCGUGGCAUAUUGGACAACUUGUCGUCCAUGUGACGAGUAUACUACGAGUAGUCGACUAGUAUACACGUUGAUAGUCUAGUACUGCGAUCCUUUUUUGUUGCCAA